AUGCCAAAGAAGGUGCAGCUCGUCGCUUCGGGUUCGACGGAGGAUGUCUCGAACAUCACCCAGGAGUUGCUGGAAAGCAGAAGGCGGCUUGAAGCCGGUGUCGAGGAAAAUCGACGGAACCGUGAGGUUCUCCAGGGGCUCAAUGACCAGGUUGACCGUCACUCCGAGACCAUCAACAUCAACAUAGAUCCCUCGAUGUUUGGUCGAGAACGGGAGGAUGAAGCCGAUCGCGAGAUUGAGGGGCUCAUCAACAAGCUCAAGGCCGAGCUGUUCAAAAACAACACCCUCGAAGAAAUUAACGACAUGCUAAAAGCCGAAAAUGAUGCAGCGCUAACGGCAAAUGUUAAUUUGAGAACCGACGUCAGCGAGCUGACCCGAACACUCGAGUUCUUGAGCCGUGAGUACAGAGACGAACAGGACCGAUUCAGGAUUGAGAAUCAGCGUUACCGAAGUCACCUCGACACGCAGCACCGCCAGCUGAUCUCGCUCUGGAAAGCGUUUUUGGCUGUGAAAAGACAGAUGAAAGAGCUGAAGACGCUCACCGCGGCCGAUAUGGAGAAGCAGAUGGGCGAGUUCGCCAGAUGCACCCAGAUGAUGCAGAAGGCGAUCAAGCAAGCCGAGGGCAGGACCAGCACCGUUCAACACCAAAUGACGCGUGAAAAGGACGAGGUCGUCAACGAGGUCUUCAAAAAGUACGAGGAGCUGUCGGAGCGGAAUGCUGAGGUCGAGAAGCAAAACUCGGAGAAGAGCCGCAGAAUAGCAAAACUCGAAACAGAGUUGAGAAGAGAGAAGGAGGAAAAAGAGGGGAUUCGAGACGCGCUAGGGAAGAUAUCGAACAUGCCCGAAUUGACGCAAAAUAAGGAGGGCAAGCCGAGGUCGAGGAGUCAGAGUCCUGGUUCUCCUGGUACCAGCGGCGGUGAAGCCAUGAGAAAAAUUCGCUCGACCUUGCAUGCUCGAAAUGUGGAGUUGAAGGAUUUACAGAUGAAACUCGAGCGCUCGGAAGCCCAAACCGAAAGAUUGCAACGGGACAUUGAACGCCUAGAAAAAGAGCUAAAAACCAGAGCCGAAAGAGACAGGCAAAGGGAAGAGGAAGCCAAGAAAAGAGAGCACGAGCUGGCAGACCUCGAGAAGCAGUCCAGGAGAGCUGACGAAAGAAUGCAGAGUGCGGAAGAGGACAAGCAGCGGUUGCAGGAGAAUAUACAACAAUUACAAGACAGCAUUGCGCACAUUCAUAAACUGCAGCGAGAAUUCAUCGAAACUCUGACGGAGCGUCACAAAGAGGAGCUCGAUGUCAGGCAAAAACACUACGAGACGGAAUCUGAAGAAAGGAUCAACGAGGAAAGGACGAGGGCGACCAGGAUCAAAGACGAGCUCGAACGGACCAAAAACGAUGGCGAAGGACUGCGUCAACAGCUGCGGGACGUACAAGCGGACCUGGCCACAGUACGAAAAGCCAUGGAAGAUAAGGAAAUGCUGAACACCCACCUAAGCGACGAGAUCAAGAGGAUAAGAGAGCAGCUGGCAGAAGCGCAGGCUGGGGAAGAUGAUAAGGACAAGGCGAUACACGAGUUGAGAGCCAAGUACGAACACGCCAAAGACAAGGAAAAACGCGUCAAAGCCGAACUCGCCGAGGUCUCCGGAACAAUCGACAUCAUGACCGACGAGAAUAAAUCGUUGCAAGACCAGGCGGCCGAGACGAGGGAACAGAUGAAUGAGAUGGGGAACCGGCUGGAGCAGGCCAGCCAGAGGGAGGAAGAACUCGAACAACAAUCCGAGGAGUUGAAUUCAACGAUUGAAAAGCAUGAAGAAACCAUCCGGGAAUUGAAAGCAUCUCUCCAAGAGGCGCAGACAAGGGCUGAAGCUCGUGAGCAAUUCGCAUACGCGCGGAAUAUGGCCGAGCAGCGGGCGGAGGAAUCGCAGGUGUUGGAGCGUGAACGAGAGCAGGCGUUAAGAGAAAAAGACAUGGCCCAGGACGAGUUGAACAACCGGAACCAUGAAGUGGCCGCCCUCAACGCGAAGAUAGCAACAAUGGAGAAGGAUAUCUCGGGUCGGAUAGAGCAGGACCACCAAGUGAAGCUCCUCAUCGAUGAGAUCCGCUCGAAAAACGACCAACUCGAGCGUGACGUAUCUGAAAAGAACGCUAUCAUUGAAGAUAUGAGAGAUAAGCUCGAAGACCUCCACAACGACCUCAUCAAACGGGACGAGCGUAGCAAGGCAGAGGUGGCCAAAAUUGAAGAGAUCAAGACGACCGAUAUUUUGACAGUGCGUGAAGAAUGGACACAGAAAGCUCGUGCUCAAGAAGCGGAUCUGGAAUCUUUGAGGCGACACCUGGCCGAUAUGGAGGCUAGAUCCAAGGAAUUGACCCUGGAGGUUGAUCGGCUGAAAACUGAGAAUGAGGUGCUGGAAAUCGAUCGAGAUCAGGCUGUUGAGAAACAGGAAGAUGAGACCAGACGGUUGAAGAAGAAAAUUGAGGAGCUCGAGGAGCAAGCUCUGGCCGACCGCGAGGAGUACGAGGAGCUACGUGCCAAGGAAACGAAGCAGCGGGAUGAAGCGAUGUCCCAAGUCACCGAGGAGUUCAAGCGACUCCAAGGGAUGAUUGACGAGAUUGGAGAGAAAGAAUCCAUCCUCCAAAAACAACUCGACGACACCAAAGAGGAGCUGGCAAAGGAAAAAUCGAUAAACGACACUCGACAAGAGGAGCUGGGCCGACUACAUCAAAACAUUUCGCAACUCGAGCAGCAACUAGACUCGGAACGAAAACUUGGCCACAAUAAGUUUGGACCCGCACGCCGGAGUGUUACUGUGUUUGGCACGUUGCCAAGAAAUGUGUGGCGUGAACCAUUGCCCGACUACCGUAUCCACGAGAGCAUCACGCAGAGCUGGCAGGUCGAGGAGCAUGAGGUCCGGAUAGCACGUUCGCAGACCCAGUACGACGAGUUGUCACGAAAUAAGGAUAUGCUCGAAUCGGAGAGGGAUCGACUGGUGACGCUCAUCGCAAAAAAAACCACCGCCAUCCAGAAUUUGGAAUCCCAAGCCGACGAGCUGACCGCCCAGCUGGCCGAAGCCGAGGCGAGGGAAAAUUCACUGCGGGACGAAUUGGCAUUAUUUACAAGAGAAGCCAGUGAACUUCGUCAUGCAGUUGAGCGUCACCAGCAGCUACUCGCAGAAAGGAGUCAGAAGUGUGAAGAGCAAGACCAGCGCAUCCGUGAGCUCCAAAAAGAAGUCCACCUGAAGCAAAUCGAAGCUGAUCACCGCCGAGAGGAGUCUGAUGAUGCUCAAGAGGCCAAGAUGGCACUCCAAAACAAAGUCCAAGCCCUAGAGCUCCAACUUGCCGACAAAACAGCAAAACUCGAGUCAACCACCGAUUUGUUGAAAAAGCUAGAGAAUACUGAGAAAAACAUGAUGACCGAGUUGAAGGAGGAUGCGGAGAAGGUCACCCACUAUCGACGACGAAAUGAAGAGCUCAAAAUCUCGACCUCAAAGCUCACGGAAGAAGUGACGACCCUGAAAACGUUGCUUGAAAGGAAGACGCAGCAAUCGCAGAGAGCGCUGGCUGAUUUGUUGGACAAUUAUAAGGAGGCGGAACGCAAGGCCCACUCAAAUCAAGCCGAAGCCGACCAGCUUCGCGCCGGAGUGCUCGGGCUUGAGGCAAAGUUGGAGCGGGCUGAGAGACGAAAAACGGAACUCGAGGCAAAGUUGGCGGAAGCGGAAGGGAGACGAGACGAGCUGGCCGUCCGGAAUAGUCAAUACGAGAGGAGCGCUGCCAUUGGAAUUGGGAAACACUCCUCGAUGCGGACAGGCAAUUCGACGUUGGAUUUGAGCCAUGAUCACCAUUCUUCCUAUGGCUCCAUCGGAGCUCCAGUCUCGAUUCCACACCUUCGAGGCAGCGUCUCAACACAAAAUAUGUCGGCUGACUUCUCACCGGAGCGAUCGGUCCACUUCGACGAUUCCGGGGAGCGCCUAAAGGCACUGGGCAUCACACCAUCGAUGGAUAUCACAAUUCGAUACCUGAAGGAAAGAAUAGAACAGCUAGAAAAGGAACGAACGUCGCUUACCCAAGCUCUUGGCGACAGUCGGCAAAGUGAGAAAUUGGCGAAACGACGGCUUGAUGAAGUUACGCAACUCUUGGACUCGUUGCAGAGGAAGGCCGAGCAGUUGGAGAACGAUAACAAACUGCUAGAGGGUCGGAUGAACAACCAGCGCCAAAUGUACCUCAGCAACGAGGAGUCGAUGCGCAGCAGGGAGGGCGAGUUCAGAACUCUCAAAGCCAAGCUAAUGUCCGCCGAGCUGCACGUCCGGGAGAAGGAGAGCAAGAUCCAGCAGCUUUUGACGCUCGUCGACACUCAAAAACUCGAUCUGGCCGAGCAAACGGAAGAGAAGCGGAAGCUAGUGUCACAGAUGAUACACCUCGAGAAAGACCUGAAAACGGCCGAGCAGGAGGGAGAAAAGGGUGAUCUUGAACGUGGCCACCUAGCUGUCCAGCUCGACAACCUGCAACAAGAUUUGAAGAACCUCAAGAAGCAGCUCAUCGAGAUGGAGCAGGUCAACGAUAGCCAGAGGAAGGCGAUGGAGGAGAUGAAGAUGAGUGAAGAUAGGAGGAGGGAGGCGAUCGAGAGAGCGCAAGCUGAGGAGAGGCACUGGAGGAAUACGGCGGUUGCUGCAAAAAAGACCAGCGAAGAAUACCACCGCUCCAUCUAUGAAGAACGUCUCGGCAACCUCCAAAGAAACUACGACACGCUCCACACAACGCACGAGCAACUGCAGACUCAAGCGGAACGAUUACGACAAGAACUGAAAGAAGCCCUAAAUAAGUCAAACAGCUCGACAAAUCGCCUCCGGGAAGCCGAAUCCCGGCUCGACGACGAGCUACAGAAACGGAAACUCGUCGAAAAAGCGUUGAGCAGCAUGCAAAAGAUGGAGACCGACUGGCAGAAGUUGGAGCGGGAGCUGCGGGAUGAGCUGAAGCUGCUGAGGAAGGAUAAGCUGUCGAAUACGGCUGAGAUUGAGGAGCUAAAACGCCGUCUAACCCGAUGCGAAGUCGAGAGACGAGAAAUCGAAGCCGCACGAGUCAGGCUUGAGAGAGAAGUGGCAGCCCUGAAGAAGCAUGUUGACGCGCUAGAAGAAGACCGGUCCCGUACCGACGAGGCGGUGAAGCAGACCGUCUCCGAGAAGCGCGCAAUGGACAAGAGCCUGGCAGCGAUGGAGAAGGAGAACAGCGAGCUGUACAGGAAUUGUACACAGCUGCAGACACAGAUACAACACCUUGAACGUGACACGGGCACGAAGUCCGUAACAAAAAUGCUGAAAGAACACGCCGAACUUGAGGCCCGAUUCGGGAAGAUGUUACAGGAGAAGCGACAGCUCGAAAUGCUUCUCGAGCAGAAGGAGAUGAACUACGCCCACAAGAAGAAGCUGCUCGAGUCCCAACUAGGGCUUCUGAGAGAACAGCUGGAAGCGGAGAGGAAGCGACGG